UCCAACAUUCAACAUAUUCGUCUAAGCAAAUGGCAUCCUUGGAACGAAUCAUUUCAUUGGGACCAUGGGGAGGUUUAGGUGGAGACCACUGGAGUUACAGGGCAAGCGGUGGGAUAACUGAGAUAGUCCUCCGUGUAGAAGGAAAUAUCAAGUCCAUUUCCUUCAAAGAUGCCAGUGGCCUGGUUUCUGGGACAUUCGGUGGCAGGGGCAACGACCCUAAUGACAGGGGUGAACAGAAAAAGAUUGAGAUCCAAUGGCCUUCAGAGUAUUUGAAAUCUAUAAGCGGAACUUAUGGAAGCUACAAAGGACUAUUAGUGAUCACUUCCCUAUCGUUCAUUACAAAUCUCACUACAUAUGGACCUUUUGGAACAGCUCCUGGUGAAACUUUCUCUAUCCCGAUAGCAGAUAGCGCCGUGGUUGGCUUCCAUGGGAGAUGUGGUUACUACCUUGAUGCACUUGGUAUUUUUGUGACACCGGCAAAUUCACAUGGAAGCAUUUCAGUUGGGCAAUGGGGUGGUCCAGGUGGAGAUCCUUUUAGUUUUAGGGUGGGAAGCUGGAUAAAAGAGAUAAUUGUUCAUGAAGGAACCAAUAUCAAGUCCCUCUCUUUCAAAGACGGCAAUGACCAAGAGUACGGAAAAUUUGGCGGCAAUAAUGCUAAUGACACUGGUGAAGAAAGAAGAAUCGAGAUCGACGGGCUUUCAGAGCAUCUAACAUCCAUAACUGGGACAUAUGGAAAUUAUGCUGGAAUUGUGGUGAUCACAUCACUAUCAUUCAUAACUAAUCUCACUACACAUGGACCUUUCGGAACUGCUACCGGCACUUCUUUCUCCGUACCAAUUGAAGGUUCUGUCGUGAUUGGAUUUCAUGGAAGAGGCGGCCACUACCUUGAUGCAAUUGGCAUCCAUGUGAAACCUAGGGACAUAGAAGGAACUAUCUCAAUAGGUCCAUGGGGAGGCCAAGGUGGGAAUCCAUGGAGUUACAUGACAAAUCAAGGUAUAAACCAGAUAGUCAUCAAUGUAGGAUCAAACAUUAAGUCUAUAUCUUUCCGGGACACAACUGACUUGGAUUCUGCAACAUUCGGAGGCAACAACCCCAAUGACAUUGGUGAAAGGAAAACUGUUCUUAUUAACUGGCCUUCUGAACACCUGAUAUCCAUAAGUGGGACAUAUGGCAAUUUCAGCACUUUAUUAACGAUCACAUCGCUGUCAUUCACUACAAAUAGGGCUACUUAUGGACCUUUUGGAACCGGUUCUGGCACUCCUUUCUCCAUCCCGAUAAAUAAUAAUACGGUGGUUGGAUUCCACGGAAGAGCUGGACACUACCUCGACGCCAUUGGCAUCUUUGUCAAACCAGAGACGACAAUCUAACUUCUUAUUGGAAGAAAUAAGUUGUCUUAUCUCUAAAAUAUCCAUGGAUACAAUGUCACUGCGUCGAUGCUUUGUUCAUGAUGUUGUUCUUAUAUGCUCUAAUAAUGUACGGAAAUAAAUGUGUUUUUGUUGUUUCUUAGUGUUGUUUACGAGGGCUUUCAUAGCUCUGUAAUGUGCUAGGUUUCUUGAUGCUUCGUUGUAUCAUGUAUCAAUAAAUAUUGCGACUUUGAAUAAAAGCAGGAAUAAUGGAAACCCUAUCAGUGGUUGAAAUCCCUUGGGAGGUUCUAAUUCUUGUAACUCGGGAGUUAUUUAUAUAGUUCCUGUUUGACUUGA